CUGAACCUAAAAUACUGGGAAAGCAAAUAGAGCAAAGUGGAUAGACAAUUUGAAUUCUUUAGGCGUCAGGAUCCAUAACAAAGAAAGCAAUGCCAUCCGUUUAAAGAGAAAGAGAGCAACAAGAAUAAAAAGAGGCAGAGGCAGAGGCAGAGGCAGAGGCAGAGAUGGCGAUGUAUCGGUUUAGCAACACAGUGAUCGGCUUCCUGAACCUUUUUACGCUCUUAGCGUCGAUACCCAUCAUCGGGGGAGGCCUAUGGAUAGCAAGGAGCAGCACAACCUGCGAAAGUUUCCUCCAAACCCCACUUCUGGUGAUAGGUUUUGUCGUCCUCAUUAUCUCCCUCGCCGGCUUCAUUGGGGCGUGCUUUCAUGUAGCAUGGGCGCUGUGGGUUUACUUGGUGGUGAUGCUGUUUAUCAUUGUAGCCCUCAUCUCUUUCACUGUCUUCGGCUUCGUCGUCACCAGCCAAGGUGGCGGCGCUGAAGUUCCCGGCAGGGUUUAUAAGGAGUACCGUCUGGAGGACUACUCGCCGUGGUUGAAGAACAGGAUUAAGGAUCCUCGUUACUGGAUGAAUAUUAGAAGCUGUAUAUUGGGUUCUAAGGCUUGUGACAAGAUUGCAUCUUGGACACCUCUUGAUUAUUUGGAGAAGGACAUGUCUCCGAUACAGUCCGGUUGUUGUAAGCCACCAACAUCAUGCAAUUACAACAUGGCAACAACGACAGCCCAAGACCAGGAUUGCUACAAGUGGAACAAUGCGCCAAACUUGCUGUGCUACGAGUGCGAUUCGUGCAAGGCAGGGGUGCUAGAGGACGUGAGGAGGGACUGGCACAAGCUCUCUGUUCUUAACAUUGUCAUGCUUGUGUUUCUCAUUGGCAUCUAUUCGAUUGGCUGCUGUGCUUUCCAGAACACUAAACGAGCCGAAACUAGUUACCCCUAUGGUGAGAACCGGAUGAGCAAAGUCAAACCCAGAUGGGAUUAUCACUGGUGGAGAUGGUGGCAUGAAAAAAGAGAAAUGCUUUAUUAGCUGAAGGGUUUCUUUUAUCUUCUCUCAGUAUCUCUCACACGUUUGUGUUCUUGGAUGCUGAGUAAAGAUGAGGCAGUUCAGUUUAUUUUCCAGUGUACGUAAGGGCUAUGGGAGGUCUCAAAGCCUUCUUUUUACAGACUUGUUUUGCUGCUUUUUGUACAACGAUGGACUUCACUUUAUUUCAAAUAUCAUUUAUAUAUACCAGUGGCUUUUACUUUCA